AUGUUCUUAAGUUAUAAUAUAAACCUGCAGUACGUGUUAUUAUUUAAGAGAAUCUGUCUAGUGUGUGCUUGUGGUGAGUGUAAUGGAGGAGGAGGAGGUACUACUGAGAGUUUACCAUCAGGAUCCAGCUCUUCAGCAGAUCCUAUAUCAGUAGCUGGAGCCAGUAGAGAAGCAACUGGAACAAACAACUCAUCAACUAGUGGCCAACAAAAUGUCCAUCAACAAUUAGAAAGUCAUAACAAUGAUUCAACUAGUGUACAGUCCCAAUUAUCAGAAGCUACUAAAUAUGCUGGACUGGUUUACUAUGAGGAAAAAGGUGUAGAGGAUCUCGUGACUUUUGCUGCAUCUAAAGAUUUGAAUGCUCUUGUUCAGUAUAUUGAGCAGAGACACUCUCAAGCAGAAAUAGGACAAAAUGUAUACUUUAGCUUUCAUCCUUCAAGAGAUUACAUUGAGUUGAAACUUGAUCAUACUCCACAGAAGUAUCCUUUUAAUGGUUGGACUAUACAAUCACACUUUGAACCAUGUGAAUUGCAUCGAUGUGAUAUUGAUAAAUUUGGCAAUGCUAGUGAUCCAAUUCCUCCGUGUUGCUUGCUAUCAGUGAACAGAUCACCUAAUGCUGUUCCUACACUGCACUACUCCAUACCACUGGAAGGUGUGGUUCGUCCUAUUACACUAUAUAUUCAUAGAUCACUGAGAACAACAAAUCCUAGUACCUCCUCCUCAUCUAAUACAAUUACUGAAGUUACUGCAGUAUCAUCCAAUGGAGGAGCUAGUGUACCAGCCAGUGUUGAUGUUAAGAGAGUUAAGAAAGUGAUCAAUGAUGUUCUAGUGUCUCACCAUGCUUCUCUUACCUCUCUUAAGACAUCUCUAUCAGAUCUUGCUAGUCAGUUAUAUACAGCUGGUCUCAUUAGUGAUGAAGUGAAAGGAACUCGCUCAAUGGACACAUUCAUCACUGAGUUCAAGGCGAGCCUUAGUUUUAAGAGGAAGUUGCCUCAAGUGGAGGAGCACUGUCAAAAGUUCUUAAGCUCAUUCAUUGCUGUAAGAGGCAGUUAUGCUGAUGCAGCAAUAGCUUUAGCUGAGGACUGGAUUGAAGCUGUUAGAAAGGAACUGGAAUUUGAUUUUAAUAUUGAUAUUGAUUCUUAAUUAUGGUUUUAUUCAUUAUUAUAUCGAAAAGAUUGUGUACAUCAUAUAUAUUUUGUGGUUUUAAUUACCAAAUUGUUUUGAGCUGAAGUGAA